AUAUACUUUGUACCGACUAUACGUUUAUUGGUACUAAUGAUCCUGAUGAGAUUAAUUCUGAACGAAGAGUUUUUGUGAACACUCUAUAUUUAUAUAUCUAUCUCUAUACGUCGAAAAGGAAUACAUUUACAAUAUGGCUACUAUAGCAGUCAGAGUUGGAAGGGAAGUAAAGGAAAUAUCUGGACUAACAAAAAGCACAACAUGCUGGGAUGUCGUCUUGGCACUUUUAAAAGAAACGCAACCAAACCCCGGCACCGAUAGUGCAAACGGUACUGCUGAAAAGACCUCGGCCGGGGAUCAGGCUAAUGCCGAGUCGAGCUCAAAUUCUUCAAAUGCAAAGCCGAUCAAAGAAUUGGCACAAUCCUACGUCAUUGUUGAAAAUUGGAGGGGAUGCGAGAAACCAAUCCCGCCAAGAACUAGGAUUUUAAACGUAUGGCAAGCUUGGGGUAAGGAACAAAAACACGUUGAACUAUCUCUUAAGAAAAGCAAGCAUAUUAGAUACAGAGAUGGUGGUCAUCUUCCAAGCCGUGAAAAGAACGGAAAGUCUGCCGACAAUGAGGAAUCACCAGCAAAUGACCACCACUCAUUGCACUACAUGUCACAUCACCAGAAACGUAGAAUAAGACGCAACAUGAAGCAAUAUCAACGUGCUGUCAUGAUGAAACAAAACAUGGACGAUAUUGUAGAUUCUGACGAACUUCCAAACCAAGAAGAAAACAAAACGAUAUUAUUCGAAGAUUUCGACAAUAACAACAAAAUUACUAAAGGUGAAAUAAAAACUUCGGAAAAACGAAACGGACUUAUUCUCAGUGAAGAAAAAUUCGUUGAUGGAUUUUUAGCAGACCCAGACUGUCUCGUCAGAAGAUCUGACAGAGCUCAAUUAAUAAGCCAGGGCACAUUUAACCGUGAAUUUUGUAAAUAUAGAAGGCGAAAUCACAGACGUAUGAGUUCUGUUGAUGGUGUUGUUGGAUCCAGACAACACAGAAGACGACAAGUCCCACAUUAUCCUUAUUCUUCCCACCACUAUAGACGAAGAUCCUCGCGCCAUCGAGGAUCGAGAUCGAAGUCCCAAAAAUCCGGGUUGUAUCGUUACAGCACGGAUGAUACGUCAACAACAACCACAACGACGACGAACACCUCUGACGACGAAAAUGCACAAGACGCCGAUGAUGAAAAGUCGGUUCUUAUCGAACUUUCAGGACCUAUUCCCCGCAGAAACCAUUCGUACAACGCCGGCCUCGGCGGUCGUUCUUACAGUGGUGUUGCCACAACGGCGACCGACUCGAGCACGACAACUAGCGGUGACAGUAUGACAAGCUCAAUGGGCUGCAGCACGAGCAGCGAAACUUCAAGCGGUGGCGAUUACUAUUUCCCCGAACUAAAUCGUUUAACAUACGGACGAAUACCACUAAACAACGUUAAAUUGAACAAACCUGCUGAAAAUUCUUCAAGCAAACCCAAGAAAAACAAGUCGAUUUUGGGAGGAUUUUCAAAACCGGCAUUGAAUAUAAUAGAAUCAUUCCGCAAAACAAACUUGAAACGAAAAUCGACUAAAAAGAACAAUCAGUCUUCUGACAAACAAGAAAUUGUUUCUAAGAAUGUGGAUACCGAAACAGAGAAAUGUAAUGACAAUACGAAAACGGAAAUAAUUACUGAACAAUCGUCAGCAAAUUGCGACAAUGUAGUUAAAUCCAAAGAAUGCCUUGACAAAGCUGAUACAGAAAACUUGGCCACACCAGAUAGCAAAGAAGACGCUCAAAUAGAGUGCCCAGAACACGAUGAAGACAACAAAGUUCAAGAAGAAAAACCAACUUCUAAAGAUGAUUCAAGCGAAGAUCAAGAAAGCGACGAAGUUCUACAAACGAUACAGUCUCAAGACAUCGUUGUUAAGAAUCAACGGCAUCGUCUAGCGGAUGUGGAUAAACAGAUUGAUCAAAUCGAGCAUGAUAUUCACAACCUGCGUGCAAGAGCUUUGGGAAAAAAUUACGUGCAGGACACGUAUUUAUCCGGCCUUAUGGAUUCAGAAUCAAACAGUGUUACCGCCUUGAACACACUUUUGAGUGGGCCAUCUAUCCCAGUUACAACGCCAUGGAUACUUCAAUGCGAAGACGUUGAACAAUUAGAACAGUACAUCAAAAGUUGUGAGAAAAUUGUCGAAAUGCAGCUCAAAAUUGAAGAAACGCAACGAAAAUCUGAAAUCAUACUCCAAGACAUGCAAGAAGAAGUCUGGCGUGUUUCUACCGAUUCAACAAAGAGAAAUACUGAAGGAGUAAAUCCUGUUACAAAGGCCGCUGCUCUCAUGCUCGGGUUCAGUGAUGAGGAUGAAGUCAGCGAUGAUGACACAGGUCACGAACUCCUUUCAGUAAAGAGCUGGAAUGAACAAACCGGCAAAAAGGAAACGUCUUCAACUAUGAAAGUCGACGUAAAAACUGGAGGAAAAGAAGCGCUUUCAUUAGAGCUUGGAGCAUCAAGGACAGAACUUGAAGCUAGUCUCUACCUCAGCCUUCGCCUUGCCGCCGAGAUAGACGAAGUCGAGCACAAAUUGGGAACUUCGGAUUACCUAAUUCAGGCUAAAGGUGAAAAUUUGAUUAAAUGCGUCCGAGAUUUAGCAAUGUCAGAAGAAGGUGUCGAUCCCGAAAUAUGGGAGGAAUAUGGCGAACUCUUAACAGCAUAUGACCUUGAAGUUCAUCAGAGAAAUUAUCUUGACGUCUUAGAGGCUUCGCACAUGGCGGUCCUUGAAGCAGAGACAACGCUCCGCUGGUCCGAAGAUGAAAAUACGCAUUAUAUCGAUGCUACACAACCGAAUCCAACGUCACAUUGCGUAAACGGACAAUCAAAAGGGCCAAUAAACCCUAAUGCACAAUCCACAACAACCACCCCUGCAUUGAAUCAAGCAUUGACACCGUGGAUGUGGUGUGAGCAUUGCAAAAUGGAGGAGCAAAUGAAACACGCUCAACACACUCACAGUUCCGUUGAGAUUGCAACAAACCAACAUGGACCUCAGACUGCAGUUAGCGUAAAACCAAAUCCCCCUGCAUCUUUCUCGGACCUCCCCUUACCCAAACCAAUCAACAGGAAUACCCGUACGGCGCCAAUUCAUAAACCUCACACGCCUUCAGUUAUCACACCCGGUUUACUUCCGAUGUUGCCUUUACCUGACGGACUCAUGUCACCAUCGCGUUACAAUGACAGUGAUUACGAAGAUCCUUCCGAUUUUAGAACAAUGGGAAGCAAAUCUGACGCUAAAACCAGUUUGAAUAAAGAAACAUCUCGUAAUCACGGAUUGUUACCAAGUACCCUCUCUUCCACUGCAAUUGCCGAAUGUUCUAAUAACACAGACGAUUCUGGCAACGCUUCAGCUGGGAGCACCACAAGUUUUGCCAGCAGUGACGGUAGUCGCAACAGCAGUUGUGACGGUGGUAGCCCGAGACCAAUACCAAGUGUUUCAGAGGGGUCAAAGCCUAUUUUCGGACGAAAUGGAGUUUUGAGAAGCAGCCUAAAAGCGGCUGGCAAUCACUUUGUAUUUCCUAUUAAUACUAAACAAAACAACAAUUCUCAGUCCCAUUCUUCUUCACAAGGAAAACCCACCACUCAGUCAUCAAAACCUUUGCCGCCACCCCCGCCACCAGCAAGCAUGAAACCAAAAUUGAAAAAGCCAGAAUUACUUCCAAAGCCCAAUCAGCUUUCUAAGAAACCGACGGUCGACGCGAAAGAGCAAGAAUUGUUAUUGCAACAACAAAAACUUAUCAGAAGAAACAACUCCGGUUGGCGUAAGAACGUCACGGCUCCCAAGUCGCCGCGUACUAUUCCUCCGCCAAGCCCUGAUGAUCGUAAUUUUACAUUUAAAGACCCGUUAAGGUUUCAAAAUGCAUCGCAUCACAUAUCCCCAAAGACAAUGUCAACAGAUUUGAAAUCAAAUUCAAAUUAUGACAAUGACUCCGAUACCGGAAGGAGUUCGCUUCACAGUGUAGAUUCUGACCAAGUUUUAUUUUCUGAAACCCUCGUAUAAAUAUUUAGCUUAAAAUUAUUUUUAAUUCAGUAAUAUUUACUUGUAUUACUAUCUUUCUUUUCUUUACUCCUGUCCUUUUUUCCUUUGAUUUUAUUUUCUAAUAUCAAUUCAUUUUGAAUUAUAAUUUUCUUGUCACAUUCAGUUGUUAUCGGUAAUUUUAUUUAUAUUUUCUGAACGUUUGUUUCUUGCGAGCUAUCUUUUGGUGAUGUCUUUUACUUUAUUUUGCGAACUGUUUUCCUCAAAUUUCAACGUGAGUUCCAUUUAUUAUUUCAUUUUUGUUGCUUUUUCGCAACUCUGGUUCAGCAAAAUUUAUGUCAAGUUACAAGUUUGAAAUAAAACCGGCACAACACAACAUUCAAGAUAUUUGGAAGAUGUGUUAUACGUUUUAGUGGAAAUAUUUUUCUGCAAAACACAUACCAUUGUCGCUUUGUCAAGUCUAUUAUUCCAUACCUGUUUAUUAUUCAGUUUUCGUUCGAACCAAUUUGCACUUGAUUUUGCUGAUUGAAUUAUUUUAUCUUGUUUGUCGUUAAUAGCUUUGCAUAUUAAUAAACGAAAAACUAAAGAUACAUCUGA